CAGUUUCUAGGCUUUCGCCUGGUGAUUUGCAGUUUCCUGGUUCUUGAAUGUGAGUUUUGGUUUCCUGGCUCCGGGUAAGGGAGUGGCUCCUUCUCCUUUCCUUUCCGUCCAGUUAGCCGUCACCGCCGCCACCAGGAGCAAUGGGGAUCUGGGUGUCGAAUCUGUACUCCGUGCAGCCCGAGAAGCUGGAUGAACUGAUUGAGAACUCCCUGAGGCCCUAUGGAGAGUGUCAGAAGCAGAUCGAUGACUCGGUGAACGCCAUCUGUAAUGUCCUGCAGGAAACGGAGCAGAUCCCCCACAUGAUAAGUGUGGUGAAAGGCGGCUCCUAUGGCAGGAAAACCAUGUUGAGGGGCAACUCCGAUGGGACGAUUGUCAUCUUUGUCAGUGACCUUGAACAGUUCCAGGAUCAGAAAAAAAAACAAGAUAAAAUCCUCAACAAGAUCUGGCAGUGUCUGAAAGACUGUCAGCUCACAAUGAAGCUGCCGGCCAAAAUGGAGGUCCAGAGGUUCCACAGUGGGCUCACCCUCCAGCUGUCCACAAAAUGGCAGAGCAUCACUUUUGAGGUGCUGCCUGCCUACAACGCUCUGGGCCUCAGCGAGAAGCCCAGCUCCCAGACCUACCGAGAGCUCAGAAGAGCCUUGGACAUGACAAAAGCCCACCCCGGCGAGUUCUCCGUCUGCUUCACAGAACUCCAGCAGAGGUUUUUUCACAACCGUCCCAGAAAACUGAAGGAUUUGAUCCUCUUGGUAAAGCACUGGUACCAACAGUGCCAGGAAAAGCUGAAAGAUUUAUCCCAUCAGCCCGUGUAUGCUCUGGAGCUGCUUACAGUCUAUGCCUGGGAACAAGGGUGCAGAGCAGAAAACUUUGACAUGGCAGAAGGCAUCAGAACUGUCCUGGGGCUAAUCAGACAGCAGGAGCAGCUGUGUGUCUAUUGGGUAGUCAACUACAACUUUGAGAACGAGACAGUCCGGAACAUUCUGCUGAGCCAGCUCCGGUCAUCGAGGCCAGUAAUCUUGGAUCCAGCUGACCCAACCAAUAAUGUGAGCAAAGAUAGGGCGUGUUGGCAACUGCUAAAGCAAGAAGCUCAGAGCUGGUUGUCUUCUCUCAGCCAGAAUGAGUCACCUGGACCAUCGUGGAACGUUCUGCCAGCACCGCUGUUCACCACCCCGGGCCAUCUUCUAGACAAGUUUAUCAAGGACUUUCUCCAGCCCAACAAACAUUUCCUAGACCAGAUCGCGGUAGCUGUUGACAUCAUCUGUAAAUUCCUUCAAAAAAAUUGCUUUCUCCAUUCAGCGACAAAGGUUCAAAAGACUGUGAAGGGAGGGUCGACGGGCAAAGGCACAGCUCUGAAGACUGGGUCCGAUGCUGACCUCAUCGUGUUCCCAGACUCGCUUAAAAGCUACGCCUCCCAAAAAACCGAGAGAUGCUGUAUCAUCAAGGAAAUCCAUAAACAGCUAGAAGCCUGUCAGCAGGAGAAAGAGUUGGCAGUGAAGUUUGAGAUUUCAAAAUGGAAGGCUCCCAGGGUGCUGAGCUUCUCUCUGAAAUCCAGAGUGCUCAACGAAAGUGUGAACUUUGAUGUGCUGCCUGCAUUUAAUGCGCUAGGUCAACUGAAUCCUGGCUCCCCACCCAGCCCCAAGGUCUACACUGAGCUCAUCAAUCUGUACAAGUCCUCAGACGCCGAGGGGGGAGAAUUUUCCACCUGUUUCACAGAACUGCAGUGUAACUUCGUUGUCUCCCGGCCCACCAAACUGAAGGAUUUAAUUCGUCUGGUGAAACACUGGUACAAACAGUGUGAAAGGAAACUGAAACGAAAGGGGUCUCUGCCCCCAAAGUACGCCUUGGAGCUGCUCACCAUCUAUUCCUGGGAGCAGGGGAGUGGAGCAGAGAAUUUCGACACCGCGGAAGGUUUCCAUACGGUCCUGGAGUUGAUCACAAAAUAUCAGCAGCUUUGUGUCUUCUGGACGGUCAAUUACAACUUUGAGGAUGAGACUGUGAGGAACUUCCUACUGACCCAGAUCCAGAGAACCAGGCCCGUGAUCUUGGACCCAGCUGACCCCACUGGUGACGUGGGUGGAGGGGACAAAUGGUGUUGGCAUCUCCUAGCAAAAGAAGCUACUGAAUGGUUGUCCUCUUUCUGCUUCAAAGAUGGGACUGGAUAUCCUGUACGAUCGUGGAAAGUGCCAACAGUGCAGACACCGGGCAGUUGUGGUAUGGGGAUGCAUCCUAUUGUCAAUGAGAUGUUCUCAUUCAGAAGUCGUAGGACCCUGAACGGUAACGCUAGAAGAGACUUCUAGAAGUCAUCUGGCAGCUGCUUUUUAAAGAUUCAGUUCGCUGUCACCACCAGAUCUGCUCUCCUCUACUCCUCCUCUCGCUUCCUUGACUCCUUUUGAAAUCAAGAACGCCAAGUCCAUAGCAUCAGCCUGCUGAACUCUCGCUCGGCAAGUGACCCGCCUUACCAGACUCAUCCGCUUUCAUCCAGCUUCACCGGCGCCAUCGUUCUGUCAACCAUUGUGUGUUUUCCCAUUAGCUCCUUCCUUUUCCUUCAAGCCUUAGCAGAGAGAUCUCUCCGUAGUCCCAAAGGGAAGCCCUCUACCUGCCCCUGGGUUCCUAUAAUUCCAUGAUCUGGCUCUCACACUCCUCCGCCUGGCUCCUGUCUCUUUUCCUCUGCACACAAAACCCAGUCUGCACCUGCUGAGUUGAAGAUCUCCCCUGUGUCUUCUUAGCCUUUUAAACUCUCCAAAGGCUUGCAUUAUAAUUGCUGCCUCACAUACAUAAUAGCCUACUGUCUUUUCCUCCUGAGCCUACCUUCCCCCCCCUCCCCCCAUGAUGAGUGUCUUCUUGCCAAAUCUCAAGGCUUUACGCUGUGGCUUUAGCUUCAGAGAUACUUGAAAGAUACUUUGUUACCACUGCAUAUACCCCGACACCCGCUGUCAUAGAACAAAGAGUAUAUCUAGUCUUUGUCCCCAGCUCCUGGCGCAGAGCUUCAGAAGCCCUUGGAAUUUCCCUGAUAGGAGAGUCUUUUGCAUUCCCAAGGAGCCUCUUCCAACCAUCCCUGAGUUUAUGCUGAUGAGGUUUGCGCCCUUUGGUAAGAGUUUCAAAGGAGGGAUUGGCCGUGCUGUCGAUGCCAGGCAUGUGAUGAGAGGGUUGAAACUUUCAGCCCCAUCCCCCCAACCUCCCAAGAGCAGAGGAGGCUGCAGAUUGAGUUCAAGCCCAUGGCCAGUGAUUUAAUUAAUCGUGCCUUUGUAAUGAAACCCCAAUAAAGACUCUGGACAGCAAG